GUUCUAUUCUGGCUAUGUUCGCGAUGCCGGCGCUACCGUACACUACUUCCACGGAUUACAGCAUACACUGGAAACCAUGCAGUAUUGGAUUGGAUCAUUUCGAAUACGCGCGAGUUUCGUUUAUCAGAACUACGAAAGAAUCUUGCCUGAUGUCCAAAUGGUCGACGAGUACUGGACACAAUUCAGUGUUUUGCGCGGAGGACGGACCGGUACUCCCCUCCUCGCACUUACCGAUCCACGUACACGUGGCGAGCACACAUCUGCGCAACGCUGACGGCCACUGCUUCCAUAAGCGGUUCCACGACUGUCAGCACCCGUUGGUUUUUGUCCUACACGGGACUUUUGGCAAGUUCUCCCGUUGGCACCGACGUUGCCAUCUACUUUCGUCAAAGAUGUCACAGUCGGGGGAUGGCCUUCACACACCGGGUUAUCUUUCUUGGAGAAAACUGCAGCUCAGCCGAGCAAAACUUAAAGCAUCAAGUAAAACGUCUGCCCUACUUUCCGGUUUCGCCAUGGUAGCCAUGGUGGAAGUACAAUUAAACUCCGAUACAAAAGUACCUAAAGAAAUGUUAAUCGCCUUUGCUGUGUGUACUACAUUGCUAGUCGCAGUUCACAUGUUAGCCCUAAUGAUUUCAACGUGUAUUUUACCGAAUAUAGAAGCUGUUUGUAACUUACAUAGCAUAAGCUUAGUACACGAAUCGCCACACGAACGUUUACACUGGUACAUUGAAGUAGCGUGGGCGUUUUCCACUCUGUUAGGACUUUUAUUGUUCCUAUUGGAAAUUGCUAUACUUUGUUGGGUGAAGUUUUACGACUUUUCAAAAGUCGCUGCUUGGUCCGCUUGUAUCGUAUUAAUACCAGUACUAAUAAUCUUCCUUGCGUUUGCAAUACAUUUUUAUCGAAGCUUAGUGGCUCACAAAUACGAGGUCACAGUGUCUGGUAUAAGGGAACUGGAGUUACUUAAGGAACAAAUAGAAUCGACCGAUGUUGAAGGUAGGAAUGGUGUAAAUUUGCUACAAACCGCUGGUAUGACACAUGUAGUCUGAACAUAAUAAAGUACGAUUCACGAUCUGUAUUACUUUUAAAAUGUGAUAACCUUUAAUGGUGGUAGUGGUGAAUCUUUGAUGAUCUGUUCAGAUUGCGAUAUAAAAUUUAUACAAGUUGUAUAUAUUAAAGCAGUCCAAACAAAAGAUUA